GUCAGUGGGGGGGCGGGGGCGGGGACGGAGGCUGACGGAGGCUGCGGCAUCCGACCGACAACAAGCGUCGAGCGAGCGAGACGGGCGCCUGUGAUGUAGACCUGCUGCCUGCCUGCCUGCCUGCCCCCCGUCCCGUCCCGUCCCGUCCUGCCCUUCUUACCCCCCCGACCCCCUCCACCCCUCCGCCCCCCAUGCACCAUGCCGGCGGGGAUGAAGCCGCUCGAGAAGUUCCUCAAGAAGCAGACGAGCGCGCUCAGCCGAGCCGGAGGAGGAGGACCGGGAGGACCGGGAGGACCGGGGGGAGGACCGGGAGCAGCGGACAAGGCCGGCGGGGGGAGCGCGGCGGCGGCGUCGCGGCGGAGGGCCAGCCUGUCCCGCGUCGUCCCCUUCUUCAGGGAGCCCUCCCCGGAGGGGGGGCAGGCCCGCGACGUCUUCAGCCCCGACAGCGAGGACGCCCCCCCCUGGCCGCCGGCCGCCGCGUCGCUCAACGGCUCGGCCUGCGGCGACGCGCGCAGUCCGUCCUUGUCCAGCGACGAGCAGAGUUCCGACGCCAGCUCGGCGGCGGAGAGCGCCGGCGUUCACGCCGACACGCCGGAAAACCUGAUGCUCGCCGUGCUGGACAGCGUGGCGGGAAAACGCUACGUCAACUGCGCAGAAACAUUGCUGGAUGACUUCAUGUUGACUCAUCCCAUCUUCCUGACGGCCGACGCCUUCCAGCAAGUUCUCCUGCAGCAGUUCUGUCUGCUUGCGGGGGACGGGCCAGGUGAGGCGGGGGAGGGGCCGGGCGGGGAGGGGGAGGAGCCGGGAGAGGGAAGGCGGGGCCGGCCGCACGCGGAGCUGAUGCAGGACGGCGUCCGCAGGAAGCGCGCCGUGCUCAGCGUGGCCUUUCGCUACCUGGAGACGUACCGGGAACUGCUGCAGGAGGAGGGAGACAAAUUCCCCAAGGAGUUGUACGUGUGUGCGCUUCAGGAGCUGAGUCGACAUCCUGGCCUGGUCGACCACGUCGUCAAACUGGAACGCUGGACGCAAAUGUUACACUGCCCUGUCAACGAGGAGAAGGAGAGCCGCAGGAAGCAGGUGCGACCGCUCUUCCGCCAUUUCCGGCGUAUCGACGCCUGCCUGCAGCCCAGGGAGGCGUUCAGGGGCUCCGACGAGAUUUUCUGCAGGGUGUACACGCCCGACCACUCGUACGUGACCAUCCGCAGCCGGCUGUCGUGCCGCGUGGGCGACAUCCUGGCGCUGGUGCGGGAGAAGCUGCAGUACAGCGACGAGCGGCCGCUGGCGCCCGGGAAGCUCCUCCUGGUCGCCGUCACGUCCGCCGGAGAGAAGGCGGUGUUCCGGCCCAGCGACGAGGCCGUCUUCACCACGCUGGGCGUCAACACGCACCUCUUCACCUGCCAACCCGACGAGCUGGACUCCCUGCUUCCUCUUCCCGAGGAGGUCCACUGGACGCCCGGAGACAGCAAACUUCACGACAUGUCGGCCGAGGAAGUGGCCAACCAGCUGGUGGCCUUCGACUGGGAGCUCUUCAGCUGCGUGCACGAGGUGGAGUUCGUGUGUUACGUGUUCCACGGCGAGCAGUCCCGCUGGCGCCCCCUCAACCUGGAGCUGGUACUGCAGCGCUGCAGCGAGGUGCAGCACUGGGUCGCCACGGAGACGUUGCAGUGCCACUCGCUGCCCAAACGGGUUCAGCUGCUCAGGAAGUUCAUCAAGAUCGCAGCGCUCUGCAAGCAACAGCAGGACCUUCUGUCCUUCCUGGCCGUGCUCCUGGGCUUGGACAACCCGGCACUCAGCAGACUGAGGCUCACCUGGGAGGGUCUUCCGGGGAAAUUCCGGAAACAGUUUCAACAGUUUGAAAGCAUCACUGAUCCUUCUCGAAACCACAAGUCGUACAGAGACCUGAUCACCGGUCUCACGCCGCCGCUCAUCCCCUUCACGCCGCUGCUGCUCAAAGAUUUGACUUUUCUUCACGAAAGUUGCAAAACUUUUCAUGGUCAACUCGUCAACUUUGACAAGAUGCACAAAGUGGCCGACAUGGUGCGAAGCAUCCGCAGAUACCGCAGCGGACAGCUGGUCAUGGAUACGGAGACGUCGCCAUCCCAUCUGCAGACCAAAGCGUACGUGAGGCAGCUGCACGUCAUCGACAACCAGAACCUGCUCUUUGACCUUUCCUGCAAACUGGAACCCCGAGACGGGUAGACGCCCCGACAAACACCUUGCGAAGGCCGCCGCCCCCACCCACACCCCCACCUCCUCCUCAUCUUCAUCGCCCAAAUCGUCCUCUUCAGCUAAUCAGGACGAGCUUGGCAGCCAUCUUGUCUCCUUCCUGUUCACAGGCGAGACUUAUUUUUGGGACCCCGCCCACAAACAGCUCAAACCACUCCUCCCUUGCUAAUCUCACUUCUUUUCCUCCCUUGUUUCAUUUCCUUUACUCACUUCUUUUCUCUGCUUCCUUCCCUUUCCUCUAUUUUCUUCACUUCCUUUCGCUUUUUCCUUCCCUCUGUCCUUUUCGUGACUUCCUUUCCUUAUUUCCUUCCCUCCCGCCCUCUUAUUUCCCGGCUUCCAAGGAAAACCGUUGGGACUGUUUUCCGGCGAAGCACUUUGACGACCCUCAGGGCUCCGAGGUUUUGUUUACUUCUUCUUCGCUCGUCUCGCGAUGACUUCUCGUCAUGAUUAUGAUUGGUAUUGCUGUUAUUAUUAUGAUUCUAAUUAUGAUUGUUGUUUUUUUUAGUUGUUGUGCUCAAGAAUAUUUUAGACGAACAAAACCCGGUUUAUCUCCUGACAUAUUUUACGCAGCAAGUCUCUGGGAUGCUAGCAGCUAGCAUGCCAGCCAGCGUGGCGUCAGCUAACUGCUAGUUACGUCAACGGAACCGCUAAGCUAAUGCCAGCUGGGGCAGGAAGUUGUUUUUCGGAACGCAGAUAGAACCCUCCACUAGCUUCCUCUGCCAAGGACGGCGACGGCGACGGCUAAUGCUAAUGCGUCCGCCACCGGUCGCUAGCUCAGCAUAUUCACGUCGGAACCAGAUCGCCGUCCAAAUUGAGGUCGAAGCUGGACUUUUGCCGAGAAGGGCGCAGCGGCUCCGACUUCGCGGGGGUGCGGAACUCACUUGAGUUCGGGGGCCACGGUCGCCCCGGUCUGAUCGCGAGCGGGCCGAAUAAGCUAUUCAAAAUGGACUGCAAUUGUUUUGGUGCCAUUGUUUUGUACUGUUGCAAAUGUUGUAAAUUAUAUGAGCAAUCUGACUUUUCUUAACAAAAACGAUUGCCAUUUUAAGAGUAUUAUGACUCCGUUUUUUCAUUUCCAUGUGCCGAGUGGAUCUGUAUGUACCGUUUCUAAAACAACUUGUUAAGACAUCGAUUUCCACACCCGUCUCGAAAGCUCGACAAGCUCAAGUGACUCGUUGGAACUUUUCCGAGGGAGUGCAAGGUUAUCCGCCUUCCUUGUAGUUUUGCAACAUUCGGUCUCUUCAAAUAUUUCCACAGGAGGAAUUGUCGCGCAAAGCUGGCACGGCAUUUGAUAUGAAGCGGGCUUACUUAGCUCAUGAUCGAUAUCGAUCCUGAAUAAGCGCCGAUUUCAGAAGGUCAUUGAAGUGGUAAGUGGUCAUUUGUGCGACCUCCAGUGGCCAAAAUUAGCAACAGAAGUUAAUUCCGUUGAGAAUUCGGAGCGAAUGUGUUCUCAACCCCCCCGUGGGCUGGUUAGGGCCCGAGGGCCGUACGUUUGACACCCCUGCUUUUUUCACUCAGUGUGUAAAUAGCCACAGUGUAAAUAGAGCAAAUCUAUUUUACCGAAAAGCUUGUUUUUGUUUUGCCAUUUUGGACGCACCGCACCGGGGAGCUACCGAGCUAGUUAGCGCCCCGCUCGACCGUCUUGUUGUUGUUGUUGUUGUUGUCGUUGUCGAGACCGUAACGAGCCCGCUAGCCAGCCUGCUAGCGAAGGACGUCCCGACGCGUCAGCGGAAAUUGAGCGAAGUGGCUUCCGUUUGCAAGUGGGAUAUUUUCCCAACUGGAUCCUUUGUAAUGUGAUUUUUCUGCACUUGAAAAUGUUUUCUUGUUUUUCUGCAGCCGCUCCAAUUAAAAAAAAUGACGUGACGCCA